AUGGCCAGCAGAAUGGAUGUUGACUCUCCCAACUCCAAUACUCCCAAGCGACUCGGGGGCCGAUUAUCACUUGCACCCCAAACUAAAGCGCAAGAUCCUCGGCUUGCCGGUACUGUUAGGCAAUCAGUUGAUCCCCAAUCGUCAAAUGCCCAGCAGGCACAUUUAAACCUCCCCGCAAAUCCCGCUUUCAUCCAGAAACUUCCUGCAAAAUCGCUCCCCCAGGUGCCUGUACUCUCGACCUCUAACAGCGCACCGGGCCCUACUUCCACGUACAACCAAAGUGCACCCAGUCGCCCAGGCGCGUCGUUGAUAUCAGAUUUGAUCAACUCAUUGAUCAAGGUGAACAAGUGCGAGGAAGAAAAAGAGAGACUCCAAAAGGAAAUAGCUUCUAUUACCAAAAACCUACAGAGGGCGAAGCAGUCUCCACAAUUUCCGAGUGUCAUCACCCUCUUCCAGCAACAGCUCGACGCGGCCAAAGAUGAAUUAGCCAACCAUGUCAAGUCGAUCACCCAGCAUCGAUCACUCUCCAAUCAAGCGCAGAAUAAUUUAAAUUCGACAUUGUCGCAGUUCAAGCCCCAACCACAGCUCGAAAGCAUACCUGGGAGGGUCGAGAAGCCGGAGUCCACAAUAAACGGAAUGGGGCAAGGCCGUGGCCCAACCAACAAAGAUGAUAAUCCAACACAAGUGGAUACCGGAAUCGAAAGACUCCAAAUGGAAAUGCGAGGCCGGGACCAAAAUAUCGCUGAAAUCGAUGGAAAGCUGAAAGAAGUGCAGCAUGCCCUCGAGAACCCCAAGGGAUUGGAGGAGGCACUGGAAUAUAUUCAAAGGAUUGCAAACUCAGUCGCUCAUCAAUCUAAAUGGAAGGGUCAAUUCAUGGACAAAAUGUCAAGCCUUGAAGUCGAACUAAAGGUUGCCGACAAGGAGCUUGAUGACAAGAUUUCUAUUAUCAAGAAGAUGGUCGAUACCGUCGAGGAAGAAGUGAAAGUUUCCAACCAGCAGCUAGAGACCAACAUUUCGGAUCUUGGCUGCACACUGAGAACUACGAAUGACCAGCUUCAGGGCAAGCUUUCUUCCAUUGAAACCGAUGUCAAGUCGCUCAGUACCGCGCAACUUAAUUUCAAAAAUAGCGCGUCGACUCGUGUUUCACAAAUUGAGACUGACCUGGAGGCUCAAAGGAAGCAAACCACAGAGCAGAUCACCGCCCAAGAAACCCUUCUGGCCUCACUCAGGACCCAACAACAAAACCUUGAUAACAGCGGCCGGGUCUCAUCAGAAAAAACUCCUAUUCCCCAUAGUGGAGUGCUUACGAGAGUAGCAUCUCUGGAAAAGAAAGUGCAAAACCAAGCAGACCUCCUUAACAACAUCAAGAACCUUCAUCAUGACGUGGAUGUCAUCCGUGUGGGUGAGUUGAACUCUUUACGCCAGGAACAAGAGUCGCGCCAAACGUCACUUGAAACCAAACAAAACGACACUUUAAAAAAGGUGGAGGACCUGACCAGGAAAUCUGAGGAAAUGACAAAUACUCAGACGACACUCGAUACGGCCCUUAGCCAAUUUAGGGUGUCCUUGCCAGCGAACCUUGAGCAGAUCAAAAGCCAUGUCCAAAGUGGGCUAGAUGAAUUCGAGACCCGCCUUGCUCCAGUCUCCGGCCUUCCUCAAGCUCUAAUAAAGUGCGAGAGUAAAAUCGACACUGUCAACAGGGCCAUUCGCUCACUAGAAACACGAUACUCUAAUAUUACUACAGGCGACUUAGUCAAUUCCAUGGCACAUGCUAUGCAGCAAAUGUACCCCUCUGUUGAUCAACUGAGUCAACAUUUGACGGCCUACCAAACUGACGUUGAAGCCAGACUUUCUGCACUCAAGAAAGACGCAGAUGCGCUCAAGGUUGACACAGAAUCGUUCAAGGCAGAUACAAACCAAUUCAAGGCAGAUACCCAAAAGGCUCAGGCAGACGCACAAAAAGUCCAGCCUAACGCAGAGAGGUCUGAGGCAGCACAGGUCUCACCCGAACAGCUCCAGAAUUUGACUCAGAUGCCGAUUUUGCUCCAACAGGUCAAAGACCUCUCCAAUAAGCUUGCACCGAUCGAGGUGCUCAUCAAGGAACAUAGUGUUGAGUUGCAGAGAAACCUUGAACUGCGGAGCGAAUUACAAAACCAAGUCACGGCUCAAUACGACGCCAUCGAAGGCAUUUCUGAAAAGGCCGAUGACCAGGAUGUAGAGAUUGGAAAAAUCACCGAGUCCACGCAACAUAUUAGUUCAUUGAUCAGCAAGGUUGAUGCUCACAUCUCGCAACUCCAAGAGGUUCGACAAACGGUUGAUGAGUUAACCAAAGGCACGGCAAAGACAGACGUUACCGCGAGUGAUAGUCUUAAGAAGAUCUGGCCACGACUGGAAAAGCUGGAAAGUCGGAGCAGUAUCGAAGAUAAAGUACUUGACGAACUCCGGGGACAACUGAAAGACAUGGAAAGCCAGAACACUACAGCGGAUCAAGGUCUUAAUGACGUUCGGGAAAAGCUGCAAGACCUGAAAGAUCGCAACGCAAAGGAAAGUAAGGAUUUUGGCAAACUCCGGGAUCAGUUGAAAGCCCUUGAAGACCGGGAACCACAGGUCUCGUUGGAGAAAUUCAAUGAGCAGGGGGAUGAAGUAAAGAUGUACAUUAAGCGCCUGAGAAGCGCUGAAGACAUUUUCAAAGCCCUUGCAGGAGGAGCUAAAGUCUCUCAUGUUAUCCGCAAAAUGGAGGCGGAGGAGAGCACCGAUGGGAAGGAAACUCCUCAGCCCCAACCGAAUGGUCAUGCUUUCACCCCAAGGCCGACGGCAACACCAAAGACAGUUCCCAUAGGCCCUACUCUAGCUGCAUAUCAGCCGGUCCAGUCCAGCGUGAAGGGCCAGCCCGACAAUUCUACGCCAACCGGUUCGAAGUCCAAUCACUCUGCAACGCAAGCUCGUCAGCCCUCACAGACACCCAGUGGACCCGGCAAUAGUCAUCCAUCGCCAUAUUCUGGCAAAUCCGUUGAGCCCCGUCAGGUUCAACAUUUGAAGGGAAAGCGACGGGUGUCCUCUGUAAUGGAUUCUGAUGACGACAGAAACUCAACCGAAUCCUCUUCGGUGCUUGAGUCUUCGCCGGCUCCUAGCUCUUCUGCUCCGGUAUCUAUAACUCAGGGCUCUAGCAAAAAGGAAAGGAAGAAGACGAAGAAGAGAGCGGAGCAGGCAGAAGAGAACCCCAAGGCUUCGAGCAGACCAGGCAAGAAGCGAAAACGAAACAAGCAAGGUGAUUGA